AGUGACGUAGCUAGGACAAAGGGAACGCACGCUGGCUCGCCACCGACGCCGAGCCGGAGUCUCCGUGUUGAGGCUGAGGUUUACUGGGCUGCUGCUGCCGCUGCCUUUGCCAUUCUCCCCCCCCUUCCCACCCGGCCCUAGGUGACCUACCGCCCUCUGCCCCGAGGGAACCACGUGGCCCCCUGCCCUAGGAAGAGUGCGUGCCGCCGAGACCCGCCUCCCCUUAACCUCUCCCCCAGCGCCUUCAGCAUUACCACCUCCAGGCCGCCUCGCCGCUACCUGAGCUCAGGCAGUCUCUUUCCUGUUGCUCUCCCCUAACUCAUCCCCUCACCCCACCCCCCAGGAAAGGAUCCAUAGCUGAUUGUUAUUGUCCAGGAAACAGCCUGAAUUGCUUGCAACAUGACAAGUGAGGUUGUGGAGGAUGAGAGCCAAUUCUACUUGAAGGCAGAGAAGUACUGGAAAGAUGUCCCACCCACAGUGGACGGCAUGCUUGGAGGGUAUGGCCAUAUCUCCAACAUCGACAUCAACAGCUCCAAGAAGUUCCUGCAGAGGUUUUUGAGGGAAGGUCCAAAUAAAACAGGGACUAACUGUGCUUUGGACUGUGGAGCUGGCAUUGGUCGAAUCACCAAAAGGCUGCUUUUGCCACUCUUCAAAGUAGUGGAUAUGGUUGAUGUUACCGAGGAUUUCCUGAUUAAGGCUAAAACCUACCUGGGUGAGGAGGGCAGGAGGGUGAGGAACUAUUUCUGUUGUGGUCUGCAGGACUUCAGUCCAGAGCCAAAUUCCUAUGAUGUCAUUUGGAUCCAGUGGGUUAUAGGUCACCUUACUGAUCAGCAUCUUGCUGAAUUCCUACGAAGGUGCAAGGCAGGCUUGCGGCCCAAUGGCAUCAUUGUCAUCAAGGACAACAUGGCCCAGGAAGGUGUGAUCAUGGAUGAUGUGGAUAGCAGUGUGUGCCGGGACCAGGAGGUGGUACGCAGGAUUGUCCGCCAUGCAGGUCUUAACCUUCUGGCUGAAGAAAGGCAGGAAAACUUCCCUGAUGAGAUUUAUCAAGUCUACAGCUUUGCCAUGAGAUGAGACCCAGUUUGGCAUGAGAGACACAGGAAGGGACCAGUGUGGGGUUGGGGAGGGGGGAUGGGGACUGGAGCCAACUGACAGCUGUUGGGUCCAGCAGUGUUGUGUUAUGGUUCAGGAGUAUAGAAACAGCCCUAUGGAGGCUGCCAAAUACACCUGUAUAUUUGCUAUCAGUUUACUCUGUAUAUAUUCGGUAUUUAAAAGAAAAGCCAGACACAGGAGGUAAAAUGCUGCUGGACAGGAUAGAAGGUGAGUUGCAGGGGUUCCAAAGUAGAGAGUGCCAGCCAACUUUUUUGUGAGCAAAAUAGAGUAGGCCUGGAUCAUAACCAUCUCCUAACUUUUUCCCCCAUCUUUCCUAGUGCUUAUAUGGGGACUUGUUAUUUUCUUCCACAAAUAUGAUUACACAUGAUGAUGGGUCUGGGAAAACACUGAUCCUACCAGGUGACUUUUUUUUUUAAACCAAAGGUCUAGCUGCCUUAACAGGAAGUAAAAUCACCUUUAACUUUGCUUCUGUGGACAUUAAAAAAUAAUCCAUUGUUAUUAACUGGGAAGCAAAUUGUUCUCAUCCUAUGAAGAGUAAAUUAAGGCUUUGUUUCCUUUCACAGCCGUGGUUGAUCUAAGCCUCACUUUGGUACCUGGGAUCUGGGGGAGAGAAGGGGGUAGCCCCAGGCUGUUCUGUGUUGUGGGACUGUUCAAUGUUUCACUGAGUAUUUUGUGUGCUUGUCCUUAAUGAAUGUAACAAAUUAGGAAAAGGGUUAAAGCCCCCAUAGUUGCUCACAUUAGAGCAGAGAAUUUGCUUAUGGUUUUACUACUCACUGUGCCUUGCUUUUUGAAUGUGGUUUUUCUGUGGCAAGCUGUAGCAGUGUCAUUUUCAGUCAGAAAUAAAAGGUAAAUCCAUUCAUUGUUAAAACCCUUAUGUAAGGCAGAAUGAAAAUGUCAUUUGCUAUUACUUA